AUGGGUUUGGAGAAGCCUAUGAGAGGUGAAGUGAUUAUUGGGCAGCGCAAUGUAUUGCCAAACUGCUUUGAGCAGAAUCAGGCAGAGGCUCAAGAUUUGGAUAAAACUGUGAUUGAGACAGUUGUUGAAGCUGCUGUCUUGUUGGUCGCUGCAACUUCAAAGCCUGAUAUGCUCGAUAGAAAGGUCGCUCUUUUGAGUGGCGGUGAGAAGGCACGUCUUGCUUUCUGCAAAUUCAUGGUGAAACCAUCCACUCUUUUCGUGUUGGACGAACCCACCAAUCACUUAGACAUACCUUCAAAAGAAAUGCUCGAGGAGGCAAUAAACUAG